UAGAGCCAGCGGGAAAGGGAAAAAUUCAGGGAAAAGAGGGUGUAUAGGGAAACCAUUCCCCCUCCUGCCGUAUUCCGUUCCAAUCGCCUGGCUUUGGGGGGGCCGUGCCGAGCCGAGCUCGGUCCGCCUUCUGGGACUCUCCGCUCACCUCGUGACGUCCUCCGGAGCGCCCGGAGGGCUUUGGGAGGGCGGCUCUGAGGGGGAUCUGGGGUCUCUCCGCUGUGGCUGCCGUAAGCUGCUUCUCCUCUGUCCGUGUGUCCGUGUGUCCCAUCGCUUCGUUAAGGCCUCCCGGGAGCAGUGAGGAGCUGCGGAGCUGCUUCAGUGGGACCCCCCGCAUUAACGUGGUAACAGCAGCUGCCAGCCCCUCGCAGCCCAUGGCAGAACCGUGCUGCUGGGCAAUGUUUACUUUCUGCGAGUGCCGCCUGCCUUUGGUCACGGGAUCGGUUUGCUAGAGGGGUCAGAGCCUGUCUUUUCCAACAUGGAAACGGAUCCUCUUGCUCCCUUUCUCUCUGAAGGAGAAAACCUGUUUUACAGUAACAAGAUUUUGACAGGUGGAAAUUUUCUCAGAUUCCUGUCCCUGUGCUACUAAAAUCAUCCGUAACUAAAGAUGCAUCCAGACCUGUCUCCUCAUCUGCACACCGAAGAGUGUAACCUAAUUAUCAGUCUGCUCAAGCAGUGUCACAAGGAGCACAAUGUUUUGAAGUUUUUUGGCCACUGCAAUGAUAUUGACCGUGAGAUGAGGAAGUGCUUAAAGAAAGAGUAUGAAGAAAACAGGCGCAAGAACCGGGAGAAGCGACAGAGGAUAAUAAAUGCUCACAGACCCGCAGAGAAGUGAGCGGUGCUGGGGCUGGACAGGGAUAUUCACUUGUCCAGCCUGUGAUUUGUGAGAUGGUGACAAAAUAAAGGCAUCUAACACAUAUUCAUUCCCAGCAAGGCAAACAAUGUGAAAAAAUAAAUACCGUACAUCGCUCACAACCUAACUUGAUUUUCGACUUCUAAAAGAAAACUACGGUGGCAAGUCUUUGUUCUGGCACUUUUAUGAUUGUUAAGUAAUGAGGAGUUGGUAUGUGUGAGGUACUAUGUGUUCAGCUGCGUUCCCCACUUUGCACUGAGUUGCAUUUGUUUCCUUGUGUUCAGUAGUUUCUCUUUCAUAUCAUAGGUUUUGUAGGGUGUUUUUGUUUGUUUUUCAUUGCAAAACACUAAGUUACUUUUUCCAUCACUUUUUGUAGUGUUGUGAUAACACUUUUAAAAAUGGAUUAGGAAAGAGAAAUUUUAAACAGAUGUGGCUUGAAAAUGGGCAUUUCCUAUCAUGGAAUGAUUGGAGUUCUAGUAUUUUUAUUGGAGCUAAAAGGAUGAAGCUACUGUCUUCAGCUGAGAAGAUUACAAAUCCUCCCUGCCAACCAUAUGUACAGUGUAGACUGUUGUAAGACAAUUUGUUCAUCAUACCCAAAACAAGCGGCUUUAGAAAUUCAGAAUGGAACAUUUCCAGGGAUUUACAAAGCUUCCCCUUGAUUUUUGUUGAGUACAAUCAAUGUGUGCUGAGUGAUUUUUGAAGAGGAGUGUUGCCAAAAAUAUAAGCUGAAGUUCUUCCAUUUUCUCUGGUACAAAAGUAAAGUCACAUUAUGACAAUUGAGGUUGAAGCAAAGUGUGAAUAAGUGAAGUGAAGAAAAGCGUAACUUUCUCAGGCAAGUCAAUGUGUAUUGUGUGACCAGGUUGCCUUGUUAGCCUAUAAAAGGUGUUUAUUUUCCAUCAAACUGAUGAAAGCCCACAACAAGUCUCAGAAUUCAGAAGAUUUGAUAUCAAAACAUACACUGCUUUGUCCGCUGAUGGAGCUGCUUCUCUGUGUGUCUGCUGGAUUCGCCUUACUUUUAAAUAAUGCCUCUGUUCUGCCUAGCAGCAAAAGACUUUUUUAAAAUCUAAAUUUGAUUGAGCCAAAUAUACAAAGUAUCUAGAAAACUUUUGGAAAAAAGGUGCCUAUUUCACAGUGAAUUACAUCGUUUGUUGUAAGAACCAUUGUUGAGACUCAAUCUUGAAAUUGGUACAUGCCCCUGGUUUUGGAAGAAAAUGGUAUUUUGUGAGUUCUUUUGAAGGGUAAAUUGGAUAGAAUAAUUUUAGUUAUUUUUCAAUACCUGGAUGGACCCAAUUAAAUUGGUAAAAUUAAACCACAAAUGUUUUCAGUGAAAGCUCCAAGCAAAGCUGAAGCAAUUGUUUCUGCAUCUUGACAUGCUGUUUAUUUCUUAGAACAAGUAAAUGAUGCACUGUUUGAAUUAGUACUUGAAUGGUUGGAAGUGGUGCAGCCUUUAUUGGUAUUUUUCAGAGUAUUUUGAAAGAGUACUUUGUAGUGAACUUCCCUAUCUGGGAACUCUGCAUCCAUGGUACUUCUUCCAUUUGAGAUGACACAACCUACUUCAGACAAGCUCUUAAAUAGGAUUUGUAGCCUUUAAGUAAACAAAUAAAUUGAGAAUUGUUCCAGAGAUUAGGUUGAGAAGCUGGUAUCUGAGUGCAGAAGCAUUGAAGCUUUUGUUUCUUUAAUCAGCUUCUGUGAGUCCCAAUCUCUCACAAAGCAACAAAAUAAAAAACCAAGAGCCACUUAACACAGCUCAUUAGUCAGAAUCAUGUUUGCAAAGAUCAAUGUGCUUAGUGAAUGAAAGACCAAAUGGCACACACAAUUCCUAUUGAUACUUUUAACUACAGUUAUUUAUAAAUCUAUUUUACAGAUCAGCUUUGUUUACCUAGUGAAAGUCUGAUCAUGGUCUUCCUUCUGUUUCUCUUUGCUAAUUGCCCACUAGUAGUGUGAUAUGAGAGUGCCCAUUGAUUCCUGUGGGUUUUGUUCCUUCAUUUUGUUUGACAGAGUUCAUGUUGCUAAUUUGAUCUUGAAGCUGAAAAACACUGGUGUAAAAAUACUGAUCAUUUAUCUGACAGAGAAAGGGGUAAGGGUGAAAUAGUAAAUGUGUUUUUUUUUUCUUGUUUCCUAAAGUGAACUUGGGUGAAAUAAACCUUUUCUCUAUAGACUUUAAAGACA